AAGGCACGCUGGCUGAAGCUGGCGUAGUCCCGAGGAAACUCAAAACGCAGAGGCCAGCGUUGCCUGCGAAAUCCGCUAAACACUUGCACAAGGCUGCCCACCUUCCCAGUCAUGGCGCGGCUGAAGAUGCGGCUGCCGCUCCUCCUCUGCACUCCCUCGCUGCCUCUCGGCACUCGCCUGACGCUGUCCGACGACACCGUUGCGAGCAUUACUGCAAACGCCACGGCUGCUCUCGACGGUGGUGAGCGGCCGCACGCUCUGUGCCGCAUCGGCAAGGAGGGGGUCGGCUUCGAGGUGUCAGCGGUGGCCAAGCUUCGCCGAGGGAAGAAGCAUUUUUUGGUCAUGGUCCUCGGUUUCGUUCCCUCCACUUCGGGCGCACCAGAAGCGGUGCGCGCCCACCUGCAGCAGGAUCAACGGCUUCGACCUCCGCGAGAAGCUCAUGCCCAGCUUCUUCUCAACGGCAGUACGCGAUAGCUUCUGCCUGUGCUACCUCAAGGGAAGUCCGACCGCCCUGUUUAGAUACCCGAGGGGAGCGAGCAAGUGCGGCAAGAAGGAGUGCUGGGCGAGGUACGAGGGCACGUUCAACAGGAGGACGGGUAUCAAGGACAUCUUCAGCCCCGGCUCGUUGAGCUUCAGCUGCGAGGUGUGCGAGAUCAGCCAGGACUGCGAGCCAUCUGUCGAGAUUCCUGGCUUUCCGCCCGACGCGUCCGACGGAGACGGCGUCGAGUUUGCCCCGCGGCCGUUGCAGGAUGAGACCGAGGACGACGUUGCAGAGCCCGAAAUCAUCGAAGUGCCCGUCGUCGACGAGAGUUUUCCUCCCCCCAGCCUGGGAGGGGCGACGGAACCGUGUCCGUCAUGGCAGGGGGCAGGGGGGGAGAGGGGCCAGAUCGUGCUCCCCCUGCAGUGCAGGGUGUCCCCUGGGACUGGAGGCUUCGAGUGGCAGGAUCAGCUGAAGGAGGGCGGCUGCCGCGGCAACCUUCUGGCACUGGCGUUCUCAGACGACCUCGGAGACCCGGGGUCCUCUGUCAUACAGGCUGGAGGAAGUCGAGAAACCCAAGCGAAGGGAGCGCACAUUGGACUGCGAGUCCCUCAGACCCACGACCUUUCUGGCAUUGAGGGUCGGCCUCUGCCUGCAGGACUUGCCAUCAAGGUGGACGAGAAUAAUCCGCAGUUCGUCUCCGUGUGGCACAAAUGGAGGCGAAGUGUAAGAGUCGAGGUUAUCACAAAUGGACGUCGGGUGAUCCUGCCCAAGGUACACUUCCUCACCAUCCACAGAUCAUUUCGUGGCGGGGACUCGAUGCACGUAACUCUGGGGUACACCAGGCCCCCCUCCCUGAUCAACAUAGUUGGAAGCACGCUUAGAAGUCUGGGACUCGUGCCUGGAACGUGGCUGCAAGAGAUGAUCUACCACCCGCGCUAUUACAUCGACGUAGUCGCAUUUCCAGAGAGCGCCGCAACCCCGUGCAGGGACGAGUCGGUCGACGACGCUGACGCCGAGGACCCCGACAGCUCCGACGACGGCCGCGGCGCUCGGUGGUGGGAGUGGAGCUCCGAUGAUGCGUAUAAGGGCACUGGGAUUUUUGAGGACAUGAAGAGUAUGCUGUCGGAUUUGGGCGAUUGGCUUUUCAACACUGGGGGAAGCGACGUGGAGUUCGUCAGCUGGUAACCAUUGCCGAGGCUCUCCGUGCCGACACGGUUCGCACGCUUCCAGGAAAGGCCCACCCCUGCUGUGCCCCGUGCAGCCUACAGUGCGCGGCUGAUCCUCAUCCUCCUUGUCCUGCCCGCCCUCCCCGGACUCGUGGCGACUCGAGAGAAGAUGCGCUGGAGGCGUCUCGCCAUCUUCGGCGUUUGGAGGCAGUCGCUCGGGCCACGGCACAGUCAACAAAAAUUGGCCAGGGCAAGAGCGCGGCCCCAGAGGAGGAGUUGAGAAGUCCACGGGCAGACCGUUCCGUCGGAGGUAUGGGACCCCGUCCUCAUGCAGGGGUUUACUUUGCCAUUGCUGUGGCCAGCGCAUUAUAAACAG